GCCUUUGCCUUGCCAUCCAUCCGGGGCCCGCGCAGCACCAGCACCGUCAGCAGCAGCCAUAGCAAGCUAGCAGCGCAGCAAAAGCCUCGAUCUCCCACGCACCCAAAUCCCAAGCGCAAACCGACAGGAACCAUGUGUGGCGGCGCGAUCAUCUCCGAGUUCAUUCCGCAGCGCGACGCCCGCGGCCGCGCCGGCAAGCGGGGCCUCUGCGCCGAGGACUUGUGGCCGCAGCCGGGCGUCGGCUUCGACGACGUCCCUGCUGCAGACGGCUACGAGCUCACCGGCGCCGCCUCGUUCCCGCACGACCAAGAGCCGGCGAGGAAGCGGGAGCGCAAGACGAUGUACCGCGGCAUCCGUCGGCGGCCGUGGGGCAAGUGGGCGGCGGAGAUCCGCGACCCUGCCAAGGGCGCGCGCGUCUGGCUCGGCACCUUCGCCACCGCCGAGGCCGCCGCACGGGCCUACGACCGCGCCGCGCGCCGCAUCAGGGGGUCCAAGGCCAAGGUCAACUUCCCCAACGAGGACCCGCCGCCCGACGACGACCAGGCGCAGGGGACCAUGCUGCCCGUCUCCCUCGUCACGGACUACGACGCCGCCGUCAUCGGCUACUUCCACCAGCAACACCCGUACGUGCCGAACGCCGUGCCGGUGAUGGCGGCGCCGCCGGAGGAUGCGGUGGCGUACGUGCACCACCACCAGCUGCAGCAGGACGCCGGGAUGGAGAUGUGGACGUUCGAUGGCAUCAACACGGGCGUGCCACUGUGACCACAAACAAGAAGUUGAUGCGUCCUGCUUGCUGUAUUACGUACUGCUGCGUGGACAUGUCGCAUUCGCUUGUUUAAUUCCCAAUACGUACCUGCCGAUGCAACUAGUAUCUCCAUAGGGGUUUUAUGUUAUACUUACUGUAGGAGAAAUUUAUCUGCCGAUGCAACUAGCUAGGGGUAGAACACUCUAGUACUGCCACUCGUGCCCUUCUCCCUCUAGCAGCACCGAGUUCUUUGUGUAAAAAUGAAUUCUCCACGAAUAAUAAAUUGCCAUGGAUUUUCACA